CUCCUCUCAGUGUAUUAGAGGGGGAGAGGGAGAAGAAGGAGGGAUGGCGCUGCCCAAUCUACUGCUGAGACUGAACUGUAAAGAAUACAAGAACUGGAUGAAAGCUGGGCUUUGUCUGCAGAUCCUACAGAGCCGCCUGCAGGGAUACAUAGACUCGGAGAUGCAGAAGUUCCACAGACAGAUCAUCGCAGGGAUUUCCCCCACUGCCAGACACAGACCUAGAUGUCAGUGCAGGAGUCAAGGGAAGCAGUUCCAGCCUAGCUGUCCUGUGUGUAUGGAGUGGAAGAACAACAUUCUGCAUCAUCAUAAGAACAGAAAUGGAGAAAUACACUGGGGGAAUUGUAAUCCAUCACUGUGGCCCAUAGAUUAUUGGGAGCUAGCAAAGGUGUUUUUACCACGUGGGCACACAAAGUCCAAAGGACCCCAUGAAUGUGAUGCUGCAGCUCUCCUCAAUCUAAUCAAUUUUUGUGAUCAAUUUCAAGUGUCAAACGUUUCAAAAGUUAGAGAGGUUAUAAAGUGUAGAAAUGACUUGAUGCACUCCUCUAAUAUGAAGGUUUCCUCUUCUUGGCUGAAUGAUUUUGGACAGAAGAUGCAGGAUUUAAUCUCUGAAUUAAGACAUGUUCCCAACUCUGUAAAUGAUCCAAUACAAGAGGUCCUGUUAUCAGAUUGGUCUGUUGAUGAUUUAUCGGUAAAUGAAGUUGAUGGAUUUAAUGCAGAAUCAUUUGGAGGAGAAUUUGUGUACCUAAGGAACUCUCCACUAGAUGGAGUAUCUUUAAAUGAACUUGAGAUACAACUUGUAAAUCAGUUGUUGGAGGAAUUAUAUCUUCAGAAAGAAGAAAGUAGGGCUUUAUCAGAAGAGGACCUAGGUACUGUAUGCAAAAUGAAGACCUUCUUAAUAGAGAACCAAGACCUUUUGCCUGUUUUUCAAGAAGACCUGGAGAAACUUGAACUGUUGCUGAAUUAACAUCUCACGCUUCAUGUAUAAGGUUGCAUAGAAACUAGAGGGAACAACAACACAUUUAAGAAAAAAGCCAAAUUACUGGGGAUAUAAAUGUAUUUUACCGUUAAAUGUGGAAUGAAUGGAUAAGGAACUACCAAAACAUGUACCGUGAGGGGGGGGGGGGGUAUUUGACCCCUUUCUGAUUUUGUACGGUUGUCCACUGACUAUAGAUAUACAGUGGCACUUGGAAUCAUGGAACUUCUGGUCCCAAGGUGAGGGAUCAGGGGACGUUCUGUACUGUAAUCAUUGCGCGAUCCACAACUAGAAGUUUAAAGAAGCAGCUCAGUGCAACCCAGAGGCUGCUCUACUAAACACAACUGAUUGUAAUUCAUUCUGCACGUUUUUGUAAAUAAACAUGAAUUGUCUUCAGUUCAGCUGGCCCAUAUAGGUCUGAUCGUG